AUGUCAUGCGGACUUCUCAAUCAAUAUGCGGUCCUGCAGCAGGAGGCGGACCUGGAAUCAAAGAGGAAGAAGACGGCGAAGAAGAAAGAGACUCGGGGACGCAAUUCAGUCGACAAACCAAAAACCCCGAAAUCAUCCUCUGAUUCUCUGGCACUACCUGUAUCAUACGUCAUCCAAGGCUAUGCGGAUGACCUGGAGUCCCUUUUUUCGUGUUCGCUUGGGUUUGCAUCAAGUUUUGUGGUCCCAACGGUAUGGUGCGGGAGCGCUUGCCCAAUUCAUUGGUGGAUCGUUGGACCAGCCUUGACCUGGGAUCGAGAGGAAAAGCGUCUCACAGACCAAUUUCACCCGUACUUCAAGCAGCUGAUCCCCCUCGCAGUAGAGUGGCGUAGAGUUCUGGUGGACAACAUGAUCCACCCCGUUACCUUUGACACCAUUCUCGCUGUACUCAACUCUCAUCUCGACAAACUCCCCGACGACGAGGAGCUUGUAUCUGCUGUGGACAUGCUCAGGAAUGAUGCUGCCAUUCUCACGAAAUGUGUUAAGGGCAAAUGGAUUGCUUCAGACCCUCCCUCUGUAGUAGCACCCAAGCGGCAGAAGUAUCAUCAUAGUGAUACCAAGUCUGACUCAGCAUCGGGCAGUGACGCAUGA